UAAAAAAAUUGCACUUUUAUUUAAUAUAGCCACUGAUUUUCCAACUACAAGAAAAAUAAAACGCAAAACAUACGAGUCAAAUAAUAUAAAAACUAGUAUAACGAGGGAAAGUAUUGAAACUAAUGUAAAACUACAAUGCUAUCAAUCUCUAGAUUCUAUUAUUACGAGUCUAAAAUGGAGAUUUGAAAAAAUGUAUAAUGUAUCUUCAAAAUUUGCAUUUUUGUCCGGUCAAAAUUUAUCGAGUAUGGAAAUAGAUGAUAUUAGAAAAUGGUCGGAUGAUCUAGCGUUGUUAUACAGUGUUGAUUUGAAUGGUAGUGAAUUAUUCGCUGAAGUUCAAAGUUUCAAAUUUCAAGCUUCAAAAUUAAUAGCAUCAUUUAAAACUGCAACAUCUUUUGAAUUUUUAAAAUGCAUACAUCAAAAUUCUCUACAAGAUGUAUACCCAAAUUUAGAAGUGGCAUUAAGAAUUUUUUUAACAAUGCCUGUUACUACAGCUACUUGCGAGAGAAGUUUUAGUAAAUUAAAGAUCAUAAAAAAUUAUCUUCGUUCCACCAUGGUUCAAGAACGUCUAACAAAUUUAGCAAUACUUUCAAUCGAACACGAAAUUGCAUCUAAAAUGGACUACACUUUAGUAAUUGAAGAAUUUGCUUCCAAAAAAGCCAGAAAAGUUAAAUUUUAAUAAUUGUUUUUUUUU